CUCUAAUACACACUAGAGUUUAUUUCCCCUAUAAGAGACAAUGUAUUUGCAGAGUUGUUAAUGUGAUUUCUUUCAAACAGGAGAAGGAAGCAGCAGAAAGAAGAGACCCUGUGUUCCAGCCACAAGACCUGCCUCAAUUAACAUCGACUGCUUCAGAUUCCACUCUGAGCUUGGACGAGGAUCCUUUGCCAAAGUCAUGAUGGCUACUUGGACCAGCAGGAAACAACGCGUAGCCAUGAAGAUCUCAGAGAAGACACCAGAGACUGAGAUGGAAGUCCGCGUGCUAAAGGUUGCUAAGGGCAGCCCUUUCCUAUGUCACGCCUAUGGGGCCUUUCAAUCAAAGAACCAUGCCUAUAUCAUCCUGGAGUACAUCAGAGGGGGUACACUUAUGGCUGCGAUGAGGAAGGCAGGACACCUGAAGGAAGACACCAUCGCGUUCUACGCAGCAGAGAUGAUUUGCGGCCUGCAGUUCCUUCAUUCCAACGGCAUCAUCCAUCGUGACCUGAAACCAGCUAACAUCCUGCUAGACGGAGAAAGACACAUAAAAAUAGCUGACUUUGGUCUGGCAAUGGACAACAUGGUCGGGAACAACACCACCACAGGCCUGAUUGGAACAACCAGAUAUAUGGCACCAGAGGUGCUCCAAGGAGAGCAGUACAACGCAGCAGCAGAUUGGUGGUCUUUGGGUAUCAUCUUCUACCAAAUGGCCACCUCCAUAUUCCCAUUUUUCGCCAAAAAUGGGAAUCAACUAUCAGCACUCAUGGAGGAGCCCAUUUAUCCCAGCUGGCUCAGUAAAGAACUGGUGGAUCUCCUGCAAGCACUAUUGAAGAAAGACCAGCAUCUUCGCCUUGGCACAACCGGGAACAUCAGGAAGCACCCUUUCUUCCAUCAUAUUGACUGGGUGCAACUGGAAAAUCGCCAAGUACAACCACCUUUCCAGCUAGCAGUGCGAUCAGUUGAGGACUUCUGUGACUCCGAUGGAGAAUCUGCAUUUUUUUCAAGGAAGAAAAUGAUGAACAGCAAUAGCAGGGUCCUAGAGGAUUUCUCCUUCCUAGAUUCCGGCUGUCAGGAGUAAGUGCCAUGUGACAUCCAAGGUAAUCGGCUAUUGUCAUCUGCACCAGUUCUGAAAGACGUGUACAGCUGCUGCGUGGAAACCAACCAUCGUCUUCUGCUGCAACUGCCUAAAAUUAACAUCUAAGGGGUUAUAUUUAUCAAAGAAUUAAGUUAAUAGUGAAGUUCCGCAACUAGAGUGAAAUUCCGCCACUCUACAUUCAUUUCUA